AUGGCGGCCUAUCGCCAGUUGCAUACGCGUGGUCACGUGGCGGUGCGACAGAGGUUGCUUCACGCCUCGCGAAACAAUGCCACGGUCUGGUACUUCGAAGUCCAUCUGGGUGGCAGUAGCUUGGAACAGGCAGCGCAACAGCUACCACCUGGAAGGCCACAUUUGAGGGCUGCGCGGCAGCUGCUGUGCCAGCGCCUCAACGUCGCCGGCGCUUCUCUGGCCUGGCCCAGGCCCGGGCUGCUUGGGGUUCACCUUCUAGUGCAAGAAGAUUCGCCAGAGACUCCUGCAGGUUCUACCUGGUCACAUUGGCUUGUGCGCAGCCACUUGAGGGGCGACCUGGCCGACGCGGCGAAAGCCCUGCUGCGCACCGCACCGAAGGGUUUCGAUACCUUGGAAGUGGAGAAUGUCACGGCUCCUUCACCUGUCAAGGACUUUUGGGUGGACGCAAGCGAGGAAGUUCUGGACUUGGGAUUGGAACUCACUGGAGCCAGCCUGCAGGAGGCAUCGAUAUCGAAGUCUGUGACGAAUGGAUUCAUUUGGAACCACGGACUUCAAGCGCGCGGGGGUGACCUUUUGCUGUGGAUCGAUGGACGGCCGAGCACGGAGAUGUCUCCUGAAGAGUUGGCCGCGGAAUUGCCGCUUGGGAUAGUUUCGGCGGAAUGGCCCAAGGUGCUCUUGCUGCUGGCCUUGAUGUUGUUGUCGCCGUGGACCAAAAUGAGCACAUGGCAUCAGUUUUUCCGGACCGAAGAUCGACUUCAGCUGUUAGCUGCCCAGGGUCACUUGAUGGCCGAUGAUGAAAUGCGUUUUCACCUUCAUGCCCUGACGCUGAUGCAUAGGGAUCACCAGCUCCGACAUGCCAAGUCGGUUACUGAGGCCGCACCACAGGUUCAGCCUCCACCUGUUCAUAUCACUAGGGACCAACGAAUUGACCUCAUCAAUGAACGUGGAUUGGCCAUGGCGGAUGAUGAGGUCGAAGAGAUCAUUGGAGUCAUCACUGAUUUUUUGGAUUUUCGUACCUUUGCCAUUCAUCGUAUCCCAGGUUCAGUGCCUCAGCAUGAGGUUGUGCAGAGAAACGAUUCGUCCCAUGCCGCCAGCAGUGCUCAGUUGCCUACUGAAAGAGGGGAAUCCGGGCCUGUUUUGUCCGAAGUGCCGAGCAUAUCUCCUGUUUCACCGGAUGAGAAUGAACGUCAGACCCGUCUUCUUCAGGCACAGCCAAGUGACCGAAGUUUUUUGGUGAUCCCUCCGUUGUCCAUUGUGCAAUGGCUGGAUGGUCAGGAUGAUCAGCUUCGCACAUGGAUUGACCAACACAGGUCUCUUGACGACUUGUACACCAGAUGUUGGGCCAUGAAAACAGCUUUUGCCGAUGCUCUCCGCAAUGGCAUGGGUAUGACUUUUGUUGAGAUGUCCUAUCACCUUGAGUCGCUGUCUAGAGAUUGCCGGUCCCCUUUGGUUUGUCUCAUUUCUGAUGGUAAUGGCUCCUGCUUGAGUGAUGCACUGCACCGCUUUGUCUCCAGCCCCUUCCAAACUUGUGCUGGCGCCAUUUUAGGUGAUUUUCACAAAGACGGCAACAGUGUGACUUUGAUCAUUGAAGAGGGUGUGGUCAGUCCCAUGGUCAUUGGUGGCCAUCCGGUUCAUGCCCAGUUUUUGCCUGUUAGCUUCGCGCAGUCUUGUGGAGUUUUCACAUGGAAUGUGCUUGCCAUUUCUGUUGCCCGGUUUUGUGUUUCUGGUGGUGUCUCCGCUGUUCGUCAGUGGCUGUUUGAGAGGUGUCCUGCUUCCGUCUUGGCACGCAGUCGAGGGCCUGUUGGAUUUGUUCCUCAGGGUCAACUCCAGAAAAAUUUGUGCAGUGAACUUGCCAAACACGGUGUCCCGGCCGAAGUGCUUGAAGAAAGAGCCAAAACCGCAAUUAAAACCUUAGGCAGCGAGCAAAUCAUUGCCGCCUUGAAUCACCGUCAACCAUGGCGCCAAUUGAAGAUGUUGGGGAACAACUCAAAGUUCCAGUUCGUGUUGCCCAGCGAGCUCAUGACAGCAGUUGAAUCCAACAAAGGACGCCCCGUGCCUCAGAAUGCUUUUGGCAGGGCGCGUACGAAGGUUGUUCACGCUGAGCACGAUUGUCUGUGGCUUGAGGAUGUCUCCGAUGUUGCCAUAGGCGCGGUUCACUUAUUCACAGAUGGUAGUUGCUUCGCACAGCAUGAUGUUCAGCUACGUUUUGCUGCUUGGGCGGUGAUCCAAGCAUCUUGUGAUGGAGUGACUGAUUACACUGGCAGCCGUAUUUUGGGUUCUGGUCCUCUACCCGGACUGUUACAGAGCUCGGUGCGGGCUGAAUUUUUUGCGAUCAUGAUAGCUCUGCAAAUUACUGCUGACCAUGACGGUUGCGUGUUUUUGUGGACAGACUGUGAAGCAGUUGUGAAAAGGUUGCGACGGCUCAUUUCUGGAUCACAUGUCCGAGUGAAUAGCGCUCAUGCUGAUUUAUGGCAUCGCAUUGAAGAGGCUUUGGAUGGACGUCGGCAUAAGGUCGUCAUCACAAGGGUUGCGGCACAUCAGUGCCCUGAUGAGGCUCCAUCCUUUUUCGCUGAGUGGUGCUUUCGCCAUAACGGCUUAGCCGAUAAGCAGGCUGUGCGGGCUAAUUUCCAGCGGGGUGAGGAAUUUUGGGAUUUGCAACGGCGACAUAGCCAGGCAACCGCCAGUGUUGAGUUCUUCAACCGUACAGUUCAACGGGUGUUAUUGCGGAUUAGCCAGGAAGUAGUCCGUCAAGAAGUCACUUGUUUAUCUGAACUCCCAGGUGUGCCUCAGGAACCUUCUGUGCCUUUACAGCCAUGGCGACAGCUUCCUGCGGUGUCUAUCCCUGCUGCUGCCACUCGGUGGUAUGGUGACUCCAUGGUUCGACUAUUAGCUAGUUGGUUUUGGCACACUUUGACUGACUGUGCUGCACCUGUUGUGUGGGUCUCACAUUUCCAGCUUUACACUGACUUCAUGUUGUCCACUGGUCACCCCGGGCCGGUGCAUGUUGGUCGAUGGGUGGAUGGAAAAAGUGUUUCCUGGCUGAGUUUGAGGGGUUUUUCCUUCAAGCAGCGCGCACGUUGGUUCAUCAAGGUGCUCAAAGAAACCUUGCGCCACUUGGACGUGAAGCUUCAGAUGGACUAUGGUAAGCCGUGGUCACAGAUGAUUUUGUUUCACACAGGGAUCAUUGCCUUGCCAUGGCCUGCUGCUAGGCUGUCACUGGUGGAUGACUGGCGCAGCGUCCGGCCCCUGCGACUGGGCUUCGUGUCUGGGGUGCCCAGUGGUGAAACUUCACCAUCCAACAUGGGGAUUGUUCACAGGGAUUUGAUGCGACCGGGAGCCGAGGGCGCCGUUCAAUCCCCCAUCGUGAGGUCUCCGGGGUCGAUCUCGGAUGUCAACGAGCAGGUUGAUCAGGAAAUCCAGGAGUUGCGAGGACGUCGCAAACACCUCCAGCAGCUCCAGCAGAAGCUACUGGAAGCGCAAGCGCAGUCGGGUGCAUUGCCAGGCCACGCCACCCCUGGAGCUUUGAGAGCUUUGGAUCGAGCUGGAAGUGUACCGGGAGCCACGGCUGCCAUGUCGGGACCAGGUGCUGAACCCUUGGAAGAAGCAGCAAAGGCCACAGCAGCACGUGCGCGUGAGGAGGCGGCUGCAGAGCCGUGGAAUCUCCGCAGCAAGGAGCAGCUGGUGGUGAAGGAGGCUGCCCAGGCGCGUUUGGAGGCUUCCGCGGCCCAGGAGGUGCAGCAAAAGGCAGAACCCAACAGCAGCAGCAGGAGGCAGAACCCAACAGCAGCAGCAGCAGCAGCAGCAGCAAGCAGAACCCAGCAGCAGCAGCAGCAGCAGCAGCAGCAGCACCAGCAGCAGGAGUUGGAGCGCUUGCAACAAGAGCAGAGGCGAAAAAUGGGAGGACAGUUUGGGACGAUUUUUUUUGGAUGA